AUGUCACCAACACAGCAAGACCAAGACCAAGACCACGCACGACUUGGAGACACGAGCAGCAGCACCUCCAGCUCAUCGCAACCACAGGCUGCAACACUCAGCGCACCAGCACCAUCAACAACAACGCCACUUCCGUCCAGGUGCGAGAAAAUCUGCCUCAUCGGCCUGGGCGCCAUCGGGAUCUCGUUCCUGGCUCUGCACCUGACGUUCUCGGGCGCCCAGAUCUCGGUGUACGACCCACGGGCGGAUCUCGACGAGCACAUCGCGGCGAUCCUGCCGCUGUACCUACCUGCCACGCUGUCCGUGGACGAGCUACGCUCUCAAGGACGCUUGCGCAUCUGCGCCAGUCUGGACGAUGCGUUGCUUGGCGCCACGAUCGUCCAGGAACAGGGCCCCGAGAAGGAGGUGUUCAAGCGCGACACGUGGCGUGCUGUCGUGACGAAGGUUGCGAGGUCGUGUCGCCUGUGGAGUUCGACCAGCGGGAUUAGUGCUAGUCGGCAGUUGGAGGGGUUUGAUGAUGCUGCUGCUGGUGAUGGGGAUGAGGAUGGAGAUCUGGCCGCCAGUGCGCGCCAGAGAUUGCUUAUCGUGCAUCCCUUCAAUCCGCCGCAUAUCAUGCCGUUGCUUGAGCUCGUCCCGUCGCCGAGCACGCUGCCUGAGGAAGUCGAGUUCGCGAAACAGUAUUUCCUCGCGCUCGCCAGCGGGCAUCGGCCCAUCGUCAUUCACAAGGAGACAAAGGGGUUUGUCGCCAAUAGGCUCAGCUUCAUCCUGUUCCGCGAAGCGUGCCAUCUCGUCAAUGAGGGCGUCGUCAGUGUGGACGAGUUGGAUGAAGUCAUGCGUGCAAGUCUGGGGCCGCGGUGGGCUGUCAAGGGUGUUUUUGAGAUGUAUGGGUUCGGAGGGGGUAGUAAAGGGAUGAGAGGGUUCUUGGACGGAAUUGGGAGUAGUAUUGGGGAACUAUGGGAUGAUGCCGGGGAUUUGGAUUUCAAGGAUGAAGGCUGGAAGGAUAAGGUGGUGAAGCAGACAGAUGAAGCAUACGGGUUGCCUACGGCGCAGGGGAUUAGGGCUAGGGACGCUGGCCUGAGAGCGGUGGUUCAGUGUCAGGAAAGGAUGGAUGGUGCGCAUGAGAGAUAG